GUUUCCAACCGCGUCCAUCGCAACCAGUCGAGGUUGAUUGUGCCACCGAACCUUGUCUUCUUCGUUCCUUUCGCCACACGGAGCUCUGCUGCAGUUCUUGAGGCAAUCAGUCUGCGAACCUUUUUCGCGAGAACGAUUAGGACUCAGGACGAACGCGCUUCGUAUUCGUAAUCUCAGGCUUGGAUUUUUCUCACACGGGUCACAGGAUCUAGACCCCAAAUCAUCUCAACAACCAGGAAAUCUUCGCAAUUGACUGCUACGGACUCUUCAAGUCGUCCAGCUGUUCUUGUCCGUUCAGCUCGUCUUCCGGCAGGCUUCUUGACUCGCUCUAGUAUUGCCUUCCCGUCCGACGGCUUUCUCCUAGUGCCGGCCAGCUCACAGCCAAGCGCUCCUAUUGAGCAGGCUGUUCAAGGUAUUCUUCACUAAAGGCGAUGGCCCUCAGCACCGCAGCGCGUUUUGCAUUCCCCGCGCUACCUACACCGCCAUCGUGGUACCCGGGCCACAUGGCCCAGUUCCAGAAUAUGCUGCCCACGCUGUUGUCGAGCACGGACAUCGUGCUUGAGCUGCGCGAUGCGAGGUUGCCGCUUACGAGUAUUAAUAGGACGUUUGAAGGUGCUCUUCAGAAGUGGCGCACAGAACGUGUACGGCUUUCUACACAGGCAUCUGUCGUCUCGCCAACGGCCGCCGCUCGAGUAUGUGAGCGUAUUGUGGUGUUUACGAAGCGCGAUCUCGUACAAGAAUGGGGAAUUGAUCCAUUCUGUCGAGCGAUGGAGGCAAAGUUCCCCGACCAGAGGGUUAUGUUCGCCUCUUGGAAUACGCGGACAGAUCUUGUGUCUCUGAACAAGACGCUCGUAAACAUAGCGAAGAAACAUUCGCAUAUGCCGGAGCUCAACGUCCUGGUAGUUGGUAUGCCUAACGUCGGCAAGUCGACGUUGUUGAACGCACUAAGAAACGUCGGUAUUCAAGGGCCAACUCCCAAAGCUAUGCGUACCUCUCCACAACCGGGCCUCACUCGAGCGCUCUCUACGCGCCUGAAGCUUUCGCUAGAUCCUCUACUCUAUGCUUUCGAUACACCUGGAAUUAUGCUGCCUUUCCUAGGCCGCGGAGAAAGAGGCGCCGAGCGGGGCAUCAAGCUUGCUCUGAUUGCGGGCAUCAAAGAGGGUCUAUACGACAUCGAAGACCUGGCGGCUUACCUCCUCUAUCGACUGAAUGUUCUCAACCCAGAAUCGCCUGCAUACCUCUCUAUCCUCCCACCCGGCACCCCGCCACAGACGUCGAUCCAUGAACUACUCCCAAUCCUCGCUAAACGGCUUGGAAUGCUCAAGCGGGAAGGUAGACUCGAUACGAGUCGGGCGGGUGUCUGGUUCGUCAAGUGGUGGAGGGAUAAGGGCAAGGACGUCUACCCGGAUUCACCGUUCCCUUCUUUGGGGCUGGAUGAUUCGACGUUGGCAGGGUUGGAGAGCGGAGAUUCUGUGGAGAGAAUAGCUGAGGAUCAGCAGGGAAGUGAGGUCGGAAGGGAGCAUGGAGGCCAGAGGCGGAUUGGAUGGGGGUUCGAUCUGGAGUGGGACUUCGAUCCUGCAGUUGACCCGUCUCUAUCGUUGUCUACAUCGCCUCCGGAACCAAUACCCGCAUUAUCAUCAUACGCUGCGACUCAUGUGCCCGAGACUUUAACUGAGCUCACACCAGAACCCGUACCCAUCUCGCCACCACCGCAUUCUGCUCCACAGCCUCAGCUUCCUUUGUCGGAUCCAGUGAAACUACGAGACGAUCAAGAGCUGUAUGUUCAGCGGAAGAUGGAGGAAUGUAUUGAUGCGUAUAUGUUGGCGGAGAAGGACGAACAUGUCACGGAAAGUGUGACGCAGGAGAAGAAGCGGGUUAGGGAAGAGGAUAUGAAAAAGAGGAAGGAGAAGAGUUUGAGGCGAUUGGCUAAUAAGAAAGGUGGUGGGAGGGGCAUGCAUUGAUCGUCGGAUUGGUGGGAGAGGAUUGAUGGCGAGUUUACGUUGGUGUGGAUGGGAGGUGUUUUGGUGGGGUCGAUGAGGGAUAGUGGUGGGACCAGAGUGGCUCUAUGGCCUAGCGAUCGAGCGAGCGCGGCCGAUGGGUCCUGGUAGUUGUUUCUGGUUAACAUUGAUCCAGAAAACCGAGUGCUCUUGACUACUACGUCCCGAUUUUCCGCGCUGUUCAUUGUCGAUGUCCUCGACUAGGCCGUGUUUUUUUUUGACAUAUAAGUACCCUAUUCAUGCGCAUCAUCAAUAAUGCUUUCUGCCCGCAGAAUUCUAUGUUCCACAUCAAUGU